AUGGUGGAUGUCAAGGGAAGGAACAUGAAAUGUCUGACGUUCUUCUUAAUGCUUCCAGAGUCAGUGAAGAGCCGUUCCAGUAAAGGCUCCAAAAAGGGGAGUCCCAGCAGCUCCUCGAAACUACCCCCAGUCUGCUAUGAGAUAAUCACUCUGAAGACCAAAAAAAAGAAGAAGAUGGCUGCAGAGAUUUUUCCCACCAAGAAGCCGGCACCGGUCACCACGGUCCAACAGUAUCAAAAGCAGAACCUGAAUAAUAACAACACUAUCCAGAGCUGUAACUGGCAGGGACUGUACUCCACUAUCCGGGAGAGAAAUGCUGUGAUGUUUAACAAUGAGCUGAUGGCUGACGUUCACUUUGUGGUGGGCCAGCCUGGAGGAACCGAACGCCUUCCGGGGCAUAAGUACGUCCUGGCUGUGGGAAGCUCAGUGUUCCAUGCAAUGUUUUACGGAGAACUGGCAGAGGACAAGGAUGAAAUCCGAAUUCCCGACGUGGAGCCUUCAGCUUUCCUGGCCAUGCUGAAGUACAUAUACUGUGAUGAGAUCGAUUUGAGUGCUGACACUGUACUGGCGACCUUGUAUGCUGCAAAAAAGUACAUCGUGCCCCACCUGGCAAGAGCAUGUGUCAAUUUUUUGGAAACAAGUCUGAGUGCCAAGAAUGCAUGUGUGCUGCUCUCUCAGAGCUGCCUGUUCGAGGAGCCUGACCUUACACAGCGUUGCUGGGAGGUUAUUGAUGCCCAGGCCGAGCUGGCCCUAAAAUCAGAGGGCUUCUGCGACAUCGAUACCCAGACGCUGGAGAGCAUCUUACGUAGGGAGACGCUCAAUGCCAAAGAGAUUGUGGUCUUUGAGGCGGCGCUGAACUGGGCAGAGGCUGAGUGUCAACGUCAAGAACUCACCAUGAGCAUUGAUAACAAACGAAAAGUCCUGGGCAAAGCCAUCUACCUGAUCCGUAUUCCCACCAUGGCGUUGGAUGACUUUGCAAACAGUGCAGCCCAAUCUGGCGUGCUCACACUUAGUGAAACCAAUGAUAUUUUCCUGUGGUACACAGCAGCGAAGAAGCCAGAGCUACAGUUUGUAAGUAAACCACGCAAAGGCCUAACACCACAGAAAUGUCAUCGUUUCCAGUCCUGUGCCUACCGCAGCAACCAGUGGCGCUAUCGGGGCCGAUGUGACAGCAUUCAGUUCGCGGUGGAUAAACGCGUGUUCAUUGCUGGCUUUGGCCUCUAUGGUUCCAGCUGUGGCUCAGCUGAAUACAGUGCUAAAAUCGAGCUCAAGCGGCAGGGCGUUGUUUUAGGUCAGAACAUGAGCAAGUAUUUCUCCGAUGGGUCCAGCAACACAUUUCCUGUGUGGUUUGAGUAUCCCGUUCAGAUUGAACCAGACACAUUCUACACAGCCAGUGUGGUGCUGGAUGGGAAUGAGUUGAGCUACUUUGGACAGGAGGGCAUGACAGAGGUGCAGUGUGGGAAGGUGACGUUCCAGUUCCAGUGUUCCUCAGACAGUACCAAUGGCACUGGGGUGCAGGGGGGACAGAUUCCAGAGCUUAUCUUCUAUGCAUGA